AAGGCCGAAACUCUUUGCUCUGAAGUAACCAAAACCACCGCCCAACCGAGCCAUUGAACUCCUCAAGACACUUUUGACGGAAAUGGAGACCUCUCCUCACCUCUCCCUCCUCACUUUCUUCUCCCUCUUCCUACUCACUCAGGCGAGAUUAAUUCUCAACCCUUCUGAUCUCAAAGCCCUCUCCAUCAUCCAAAAACACUUGGGCCUCAACGGUCACCAACCUUACCUCUCUACCAAACCUUACAUCACCCCCGGCGUAUUCUGUGAGAGGAGACUCUCAAACAACCACACCUAUGAGCUCAGAGUAACUAGGCUCGUCUUUAAAUCCCAAAGGCUCACUGGGUUCCUAUCACCGGCGAUCGGACGGCUCUCUGAGCUCAAAGAGCUCUCUGUUCCUAACAACCAACUCGUUGACCAAGUACCAUCCCAAAUCGUUGACUGCCGGAAACUGGAAAUUCUCAACCUCCAAAGCAACCAGUUUUCAGGGGAAAUCCCAAGCGAGUUAUCCUCACUUAUACGCCUUCGAGUCCUUGAUCUUGCUUCCAAUAGAUUUUCCGGGGACUUGGGUUUCUUGAAGUAUUUUCCCAACUUGGAAAAUCUCUCUCUUGCAGACAAUCUCUUCACUGGGAAAAUUCCGCCAUCCAUUCGUUCUUUCCGUAAUCUCAGACUCUUCAACUUCUCUGGAAAUCAAUUUCUUGAAGGUUCAGCCCCAUUGAUGGACAGGCUGGCAAACUCAGCAUCCGAUGUCCCAAAACGUUACAUUUUAGCUGAGAAUUCAACUGGAACUGGAAGAAGCAACACUACAGCACCAGCUGCAAAUAGAACUGCUAUUUCUACUGCUCCAGCUCCUUUUCCAGGGCAACAACCUCACAAACAUAAAAAUAGCAAGGGGAAGCUAGCUGGGUGGAUUCUCGGAUUCCUGGCUGGCAUAUCUGUGCUCAUCUUUUGCUUGCUGUAUAAACUGACCUGGGCUGUUGUAAAAGGUGGAGGGAAGGAACCGGGCCCUUCAAUCUUUAGUCCUUUGAUAAAAAAAGCAGAGGACUUGGCUUUCUUGGAGAAAGAGGAUGGACUGGCUUCGUUUCAAAUCGUAGGAAGAGGUGGGUGUGGCGUGGUUUACAAGGCUGAAUUGCCUGGAAGCAAUGGCAAAAUGAUUGCCAUAAAGAAGAUAACUCAACCUCCAAUGGAUGCGGCAGAAUUGACUGACGAAGACACUAGGCUUCUAAACAGCGAUGUGGGACGUCACAAAAUGCGUCAAAUUCGUUCGGAAAUUAAAACUGUGGGUCGAAUUAGGCACCGGAAUCUUCUUCCUCUGUUAGCCCAUAUGAGUUGGCCUGACUGCCAUUACCUUGUGUAUGAAUUCAUGAAGAGUGGUAGUUUACAAGACAUGUUUAAUCCGGCCUCAGAGGGCAGCACUAGAGAUUUCGAUUGGUUUGCUCGGCUCAAGGUUGCAAUAGGAGUGGCUGCAGGGCUUGAAUAUCUUCACAUGAACCUCAACCCGCGGAUAAUUCACAGAGAUCUCAAGCCUGCGAAUGUACUUCUGGACGAUGACAUGGAAGCUCAAAUUGCGGAUUUUGGGCUUGCAAAAGCCAUGCCUGAUGCUAAUACGCAUAUGUCCUCUGUCAACGUCGCCGGAACUGUGGGUUAUAUAGCGCCGGAGUACUACCAAACACUGAAUUUCACAGAUAGGUGUGACAUCUACAGCUUUGGGGUGUUGCUGGGGGUUCUGGUGAUGGGAAAGCUCCCAUCUGAUAACUUUUUCCAGGAGACCAAGGAGAUGAGCUUGGUGAGAUGGAUGAGGAAUGUCUUAACAUCGGAGAAUCCUAGACAAGCGCUUGAUCCAAAGCUUUUGGGAAAUGGGUUUGAGGAGGAAAUGCUCAUGGUUUUGAAGAUCGCUUGCUUCUGUACCAUGGAUGACCCAAAGCAAAGGCCUAACAGCAAGGACGUUAGGUGUAUGCUGCUUCAUAUGAGGCACUACCUAGGCAGCAUUAAGGAUAUGUUAGAGAAUGAAGCGAAAUAAUCACGCUUGUGACCAGCAAUAUAUGUUUUAGUAGAUCAAUUACAUGUCUAUUAUGUGUUAUUAUUAAGGAAACCGUUCUAUGUUAUGUGCUUAUGCGCCUUAUGGCAGCGUGUUGAUUCACAUGAUUAAUUUCAAAUUUUUUAUGAAUACCA